AAUAUGUCUCCAUUGGACUCUCGAAUGAGCGAGAAAGUGCCCAUAAUCAACAGACCAAAACCCUCAGAAAAAGCACAGGAUAAAAUAGACACUCUUACUCCCAAGCCCACAGUCGCCUCCAGGCCCUCCCCUGCAGUGACCACAGUGACCCCACCAUCACCUGUGGCCACGACUACCGCUGUCAAGCGGAAAGCUGAUACUCAAACGUCGGGAACAAAGCGAGCGAGGAAAGAGAGGGAGUCGGCAAAAGCAACCGCUACUGCAAGUACGACUCGGCAUAGCCGCGACGAGCAUGAUGCGGAUGUGAACAUGACAGUCGUCUCGUCUGCUACCCGACACACCGUCUGCAUACCAUCUCCCGCACCGGAGAGAACCUUGUCCUUAGAGAUCGGUGGUGGAAGCGAGGAUGAUACCGUCACUAUCGAGUUAGAAAAUACCCUGACAUCUUCAGCGUCAAGUGUCCACGUGCUCAAGUGUAUUUCAGCGGGCAAGGCAUCCUGGGAAGCCAUGAUCACGAGCCCUGGUAUCGCGCUGGCGGGAAGCAGGAAUAUUGUGUGCGUGGCCUGUGCAAAUAAAAGUCUUUGCGUGUUUUCGUUUUCUGGAAGGAGGCUCCAGCCGCCUCUCAUGCUAGAAUCUUGCGCCUCCGUACUUCAAGCCAGCGGUCACCACGUAUUAGUAGUGACGUCAUCAGGGGGUGUUUACGUUUGGGACACCAAGUCUUCUUCUGUCGUAGUGAAAAACGAGUCAGUCUUUCCGAUCCUUCCGGCCGGAAGUGACGUCACUAUUGCGCGAACCUCAAUAUCAGAACGAGGCUAUCCUGUACUCACUCUCUCGAACCAAGCCUCGUACUCGUUUGAGCCUUGCGUGGGAGCCUGGAUCCAGCUCGUUCGUGCUGAGGACCCGCUCCUUCUAAAUGCCGAUUACCAGGCUUCCAUGUUCCGCCAGGACCCGUUCUGCGCCCGCGGUCCUUUGGCCCAGCUGCAGGGCCACAGCACCAGAUUGGCUCGUCAGGGAGGCCGCAUGUUCCGUUCCAACCCGAGCAAACAGCAGACAGCCACUAUGUCACACCUGGAGAACCAGCUAUCAGUAUGCCUGACGCUAGGAUCUGCAGACGAGUAUCAUUUUUGGCUCCUGACUUACGUACGUUACCUGGCACAAGCAGGGUGCGAGUCAAGACUGAGGGAGAUCUGCGAAGACCUCCUGGGACCGCCACACAGGAGCAAUGUUUCAGAUAAACGAACUGGGUGGAACCCGAAGGUUCUGAGCUUCAAAAGACGCGACCUUUUAGUCGAAAUUCUCCCCAUUAUAGGUACAAAUAUUCGUCUUCAACGACUCUUCACCGAGUUCAAGGACCAAUUAGAUGUCGUCGCGCGAUGAGCUACAUAACCAGUCAAACAGGUUAUCGUCAUUAUUGGAAACAGGUCAGACUAGUAAUGUGUGAGUUGAAAAAGAGAUGGAGAUAGUAGAGGGGAAACAUGAGGGGACAUGAAAAAAAGUCACAGAGCUGAUCAACUCGAAACGGAUUUUAUGUGAAACAAAACUAAGAGAAUCAACUCAUACAGUAUCAGCCAACUGAAAUCGGCUGUACACGAAUAAUAUCAAAAGCCCAACAGAUCUCUUCACCGAGUUCAAGGACCAAUUAGAUGUCGUCGCGCGAUGAGCUACAUAACCAGUCAAACAGGUUAUCGUCAUUAUUGGAAACAGGUCAGACUAGUAAUGUGUGAGUUGAAAAAGAGAUGGAGAUAGUAGAGGGGAAACAUGAGGGGACAUGAAAAAAAGUCACAGAGCUGAUCAACUCGAAACGGACUUUUAUGUGAAACAAAACUAAGAGAAUCAACUCAUACAGUAUCAGCCAACUGAAAUCGGCUGUACACGAAUAAUAUCAAAAGCCCAACAGAUUUGUAAGCUGCUUUGCUGUUAAUCACUCGAAACUGUAGUUAAGUAUAAACAAUAAACUGGUUUGGAGUUCGAAUUCUCUUUGGUAUAACUUUUUAGUCUCUAUGAUAUAUAUAAAACUUUUUUGGCCGAAACAGUUUAUUCAUUUAAAAAUAAUAGGCUUAAUAAUCUUCUUAAUUCUUAUCCUUUAAUCAUCAUUACUCAGGUAUCGUCUUAUUAGAUACGAGACAUGUAAACUAGAAAUGGACUGUUUGAUUGACAGCUUCUGUAAAAGAGGUGGUAUCUAUCUCUCUAUGCCUUCACUGUCGCUGUCCUUAUCACACAAUAAAACCCUUAGUCCUUA